AUGGAGAAUAUCCUUGAAGCUGAUCUUAGUGGUAGUGAGUAUGAAACAUCCUCCGGCGAGUACAUUCCGACAUCAGAAAGUGAGUCGGAAGAUGAGGUUGAUGUUACACCAAAGAAAAAGAGGAAGGCUGUAAAGAAUCAUAAGUCAUGUACUACCUUAACUUUGAUGACUGGUGAUUCGUCAGACAAUGAAAACCUGCCUUUAGCCGAAAUAAGGAGGAACCAGACAGCUGACUCUGAAUCCGAUGAUGACAUUCCAAUUGCUCAUCUCCGACAACGAUACAAAGCAGCACAGGAGGAAAAGGAAACAGAAGAAAAUAAAUUGAUUUCACAGUUGCUUGAUACUCCCUUUUGGGAAAAUGAAGAAUUCUUUCCCCCAGACCCCACAUUUAAAGGAAGUCUUGAAGAACCUCCGAUAGAUGGACGAAUCAAAGAACCAAUUGAAUAUUUUACCGAAAUGAUUACUGAUCAAAUGAUCGAAAACCUUUCACAUCAAACCAAUCUCUAUUCCAUACAGAAAGAUGGCUUAUCUGUCAAUACAACUUCUAGAGAAAUUUCAAUUCUAAUUGGAAUUUAUCUCCGUAUGGGUUUGGUCGUUGCUCAUUCAGUGCAGGCAUAUUGGGCUGUGGAAACUAGAUAUCCAAUGGUAGCAGAUCUCAUGUCAAGAAACCGAUUUCAGAAACUUGUUUCUUCCCUCCACAUGACAGAUAACACAAGUAUCACUGAAGAAGAUAAGCGUGACAAGCUUUGGAAGCUACGUCCGUGGCUGGAGGCCUUGAAAGAGAGAUGUAAGGAGAUCCCACAAGAAGAACAUAGUGCUGUGGAUGAAGUUAUGAUCCCGUUCAAAGGGAGUUCCUCGGUGAAACAAUACAUGAGGAACAAACCUCACAAGUGGGGGUUCAAGAUGUGGGGCAGAGCUGGGGCCUCAGGAAUACUGUAUCAAUUUGAGGUGUACCAAGGAGCAGCCAUGAAUGUUAAGGAACGCUCCCCACUUGGCAUGACAGGUGAGGUAGUCAUAUGUAUGACAUCAACAAUUCCUGAAGGUCUAAACUACAAGGUUUUUGCAGACAACCUUUUCACUUCUCUAGGUUUGGUGGACCCUUUGAACAAGCAAGGAAUCCUCUAUGUUGGAACAGUGAGGAUGAACAGGCUGAAAGGGUGUGAACUGAAAGACCAGAAGACCCUAAAGAAAGAAGGUCGUGGAAGUAUGGACUCCAAAGUAGAUUCGAACACUGGUUUGAUUGCACUGAGGUGGUAUGACAACCGCACAGUUGAUCUGGUUUCAUCCUAUGUUGGAAAGGAACCUUUGCGUGAAGUGAAGCGCUUUGACAGAAAGGAUAAGAAGAAUAUCAUGGUCACCUGUCCCAAGAUAGUACAGGAAUAUAACACAUUCAUGUGA